CCAAGCACGGCGUGAUCGACACACGUGCACAAUUCCUCGCAGUAGUCAAGGCACUACCGCGCGAAUUCAACAGGUACGUAACACCUAGUAUGUUUACUAGUGAUGUUUCCGAACCUUACGAAAUCCUUAAACGUUCGAUUCUUAAACGAGGAGACCUAACCGAUCGACAAAGGUUAGAUCAACUCUUCAAUAACAUCGACCUGCAACACGGUUCUGCGACUGACAUGUUGCAAAGAAUGAGAGAAGUGAUAGGCCUAAGGACUUUCGACGAAGGUCUAUUUAAACAACUUUUCUUAUCUAAACUUCCUCAACAGGUGCAAGCGGUUCUGGUCUCAUUUCAGAACAACGCCUUAGACGAGCUAGCUGCAUCUGCCGAUCGUAUUUUAGAAAUAACGAAAUCGUCUACUUCAGAGGUAUUUUCCGUCAAAGAAAAGCCUCACGCGACUCAGAAUGACAUAACCGAGUUAUGUCAUACACUCACGCGUUAUCUUAAUCUUCGUAACGACCGUAGUCGCUCACGCAGUCCACGUAGAAGCAUUUCGCGUAAACGAUCUGUCUCUAGACCACGAGAGACGGAUAACCCUGACUGGUGCUGGUAUCAUAACCAGUAUGGGAAAUCUUCCAGAAAUUGCAGAAAACCCUGCAAUUUUCCCAACACGAAAACGACUGACUCGAAAAACAAUUCGGGAAACUUCUAAGCCGGCACGCGUUAACGGCAACCGUAGCCGGCGAACAUAGCCGUCUGUUGUACGUCACAGAUGUGACAACGAGAGUUCGCUACCUCGUCGACACUGGCGCAGAAGUUAGCGUUCUCCCAGCAAAUCAUAACGACCGGCUCCACGAAUCAACUCUAAACUUACAGGCGGCAAAUGGAAAACCAAUCGCCACGUAUGGCAAAAGGUACGUCUACCUUAACGUGGGUUUACGCAAACCCAUCCAUUGGAUUUUCGUUGUUGCAGAUGUUUCUAUGCCAAUCAUUGGUAUGGAUCUUCUACAACAUCAUAAUCUAAUCAUCGACACGCGCAAACGGAGGCUAGUAGAUGGAAACACUAAAUUAUCCGUUUGCGUAACUUCUUUUUCUGGUUGUAGAUUAUCCCCAGUCACAGUUAAGCAUAUGAUAGACCCACUCUAUCAACCACUACUCGACAAGUACCCUGGGAUACAACAAGCUCAAACGAAACUACCGUGUGUAACCAGCAAUGUUACACAUCACAUCACGACUACAGGACCACCUGUAUUCUCUAAAGCACGACGACUAGCUCCGGAAAAGCUGAGGUUAGCGAAAAACGAAUUCGAUCAUAUGAUAGACUUAGGAAUCAUACGACCGUCAAACAGCCCUUAUGCAUCUCCGUUGCACAUGGUCCCUAAAAAGGACAGCAACGAUUGGCGUCCAACUGGUGACUAUCGGCGAUUGAAUGCAAAAACCAUUCCCGAUCGUUACCCGUUGCCUCACAUUCACGAUUUGACAGCUACCUUGAAAGGUACAACUGUCUUUUCAAAAAUCGACUUGGUUAAAGCGUAUAACCAAAUUCCCAUGGCCACUGACGACAUACCGAAAACAGCUAUCAUAACUCCUUUCGGACUCUAUGAAUUUUUGCGAAUGCCGUUCGGUCUAAGAAACGCUGCGCAAACUUUCCAAAGAUUCAUAGACGACGUCUUUCGAGGCCUCAACUUCGUACAUGCGUAUGUUGAUGACUGCUUAAUCGCAAGUCCGGACAGAGAAUCACAUCUCAAGCAUCUGGAUCUUGUUUUCGAACGAUUACAAAAACAUGGCAUUACUGUAAACGUUCAGAAAUGCCAAUUCGGAACCGAUUCGUUAGAUUUCCUAGGACACACUAUCGAUGCUCAAGGCAUUCGACCUCUUAGGACCAAAGUGGCGGCCAUUCUGGAUUACCCAGAACCGACCAACGUCAAGCAAUUACGCACGUUUAACGGCCUGGUAAGUUUCUAUAGACGCUUCAUACCGAAAUGCGCAUUACUUAUGAAACCUCUUACUGACCAACUGCGUGGAAAUGCGAAAUCCAUUAAUUUGGACGACACCGC